AUGUCAACCUACACCGUAGCGGCCGACUACGUCAGCCUCGACGACCUCCUGGCUGACGUUGUCCGAGAGCAGAGGAAGACGGCCCUGUCCCAGACCUGGCAUCGUGGCUGGCUGUCCUGGGAGUCAUGGCGGCUUUGGUUGGCGUCGCGUUCGUCAUCUUCUCUGGACAUUGAUGUCGAGGCGGCUGAUUGGCUGGUCAACAAGGUUGAUGGCUUGCUCUCGAAUGAUCGCACUGGCAACAUGGCACGAAAAUAA